AUGACUAGCUCGUCCUUCCAUAGCUUUGCACUUGUGAGCUCCAACAUGCUGACGGUGCGAUGUUCUUCCUCACUAGUUCCGGUUCCGAGUCCCAAAAGGCUACAAGGCAAAGUCGCAAUUAUUACUGGAGGUGCUAGUGGAAUUGGAGAGAGCACUGCAAGAUUGUUUGUCUUCCAUGGUGCAAAAGUCGUCAUAGCCGACGUCCAAGAUGAACUAGCUCUGUCCCUCUGCAAAGAACUCAACUCAGACGGAGAGUCCAUUUCGUACAUACGUUGCGAUGUCACUAUCGAUUUGGAUGUGAAAAAUGUUGUAGACGUGGCUCUGUCAAAGUACGGAAAGCUUGACAUCAUGUACAACAAUGCAGGCAUAUCCGGCAAAUUGGACCCAUCGAUUUUGGGAGCUGAUGCCGAGAACUUCAAGCAAGUGUUUGAUGUGAACGUCUACGGAGCUUUCUUGGGCGCCAAGCAUGCUGCUAGGGCAAUGAUCGCUGCUAAAAAAGGUGUCAUUCUUUUCACUUCGAGCGUGGCAUCAGCUAGUUGCGGCGAGUCUACACACGCGUACACCAUGUCAAAGCACGCGGUGGUGGGACUUAUGAAGAGCUUGUGUGUGGAGUUGGGGCAGCAUGGGAUUAGAGUCAAUUGCAUAUCUCCGUGUGCCAUGGCAACCCCGUUGCUGACAAAUCUAAUGGGGAUUGAGAAAAAUACGGUCGAGAAGUUGAUCUGCGCUUCUGCGGUGUUGAAAGGAGCGGUGCCGAGGGCGGAGGAUGUGGCGGAGGCUGCCGUGUACUUGGCGAGUGAGGAGUCUAAAUUUGUGAACGGACUGAACCUUCUUGUGGAUGGAGGUUAUAGCACCACUAAUCAGUCUCUUAGUAUGGUUUUGGGGAAUUUAAUGGCCUCAAGCCAGGCUUUGUAAGCAUUAUUCAUUUAUUGUGCUACUACUAGCUAGUCUGCUAUGUUUUGAUCCUUCGCGCUUUCUCUUUUUGAAGUAUGAAUCUUCAUUUCAAAAC